CCGGCUUGACUCCGUAGCUCCGCCCCCUUCCAGUCUGACGUCGGUCCCGCCUUCGUCGUGUCUUCGCCUCCUUCCGUCCUCCUCCUCCACUAUCCGAAUUGCCCUCCCGUGAACGUCUUGACUACCGGGCGCUGUUCUACCGCAACAGAUGUCCCAAAAGGAGCUUCAACAUUGAUUUACGCAUUCACCGGCACAACAGGGGGAAACGGGAGAGAAAGAAAAAGGAGGACGAGCGGAAGCCGGCGGUGUGUAUUUGACACGGCUCACUCACAACACACCUCGGAGCGCUCGAGUGUUUGUCAACCAGGAUCCAUGUCUGCGAGGUAGCUGGCCGUGCGGAGGACGCCUCCACCUGCAGCCAUGAACGGUGGCGCCGCCUGGUCCAUCUCCCCGGAGGAGCGAGGGAAGCACGACAAGCAGUUUGACACCUUGGCCCCCGUCCUGGGCUACGUCUCGGGCGAGCAAGCCCGAGGAUUCUUCCUGCAGUCGGGCCUGCCGCCGGCCGUCCUGGCCGAGAUCUGGAACCUGGCCGACGUGGACGGCGACGGCAAGAUGGACCGGCAGGAGUUCUCCAUUGCCAUGAAGCUCAUCAAGGUGAAACUGCAGGGCCGCAGUUUGCCCGCGGCACUGCCCAUGGGCUUGAGGCAGCUUCCUGUCACCUCGUCGGCCCGCUUUGGGACGGGUUCUUUGCCAAACUUGUCGGUCACCAUGCCGCCGCCGCCCAUGUCCAUGCUAACCCCCAUCCCCGCUAACCCCCUCGUGCGAGUGGCGCCGCCCGUGAUGACGCUGCCGCUGGGCGCCCCGUUGGGAUUCGCCGGCUUCCCCCGCUGCCACCUUCACUUCCUCGGCCCCGCCCCUCCCAUGGCCGCAGGUCCUCCCCUGUCGGGUUUCUCCUCGCCACUGACCUUUUCUCCGCCUGGAAGCCGGGGCAUGUCUCAGGCCAACUCUCUGGUGGACCUUGGCUCCAGCAGCUCCAACUCUUCGUCCACCACCUCACUGGCCAGCAACUCUCCUAAGGCGGCGGCGGGCUCGAGCGACUGGGCCGUGCCUCAAGCGUCCAGACUCAAGUAUCGGCAGCAGUUCAACACGCUGGACAAGCUCAUGAGCGGCUACUUGUCAGGACCUCAAGUGAGAAAUGCACUGAUUGCAUCCAACCUCACGCAGACUCAGCUGGCUGCUAUCUGGAACCUGGCAGACGUGGACAAGGACGGCCGUCUGCGGGCCGACGAGUUCAUUCUGGCCAUGCAUCUGGUGGACGCGGCCAAGACGGGCCGCCCGCUGCCGCUCACCCUGCCCCAAGACCUCAUCCCGCCUUCUCUCAGAGGUGGCCUCAAGUGCGGCGAGCUCCUCAACGGCAGCGGACCUGACGGCAGCCCCUCUUUGAUGGACUCACCGGAGAUAGAACCCGUUCUGAAGAACAAGAGCAGCGUGUCCUUUGAGGACAAACUGAAAGAGAACUUUGCACGUGGCAGCGCCGAGCUAGAAAAACGAAGGCAGGCUCUGGAGGAGCAGCAGAGGAAGGAGCGAGAGCGCCGGGCCCGUGAGGAGCGGGAGGACUGGGAGCGGCGGGAGAGGGAAGCCCGUCAAAGCGAACAGCGGCGCCGGCUAGAGGAGGAGCGGCGCCUGGAGAGGCAGCGCCAAGUGGAACGGCAGCGCGAGGAGGACCGGCUGAGGGAGCUGAAGAGGAAGGAGCAGGAGCUGGAGCGCCAGCGGCAGGAGCAGUGGGAACGCAGUCGCAGGGAGGAGUUGAUCAGGACGCGAGACGGUGACCAACAGGAACUCUGUCAGCUCCGAGCCAAGAAGAAGAGUCUGGAAAUGGAGCUGGAGGCCGUGGGCAACAAGCACAAGCAGAUCUCGGACCGCCUCCGCGACGCGCAGAGCAAGCGACGCGUCCGGAAGGCCGAAGUGGAGCUCAUCAACCAGAAGAGAGAAACGCGCGUCGCCGAGAUCAACGCGCUGCAGAUCCAGUUGGAGGAAUGGCAGCUGAAGCUCUCCUCGCUGGCUCCCGAGCAUCAGAAGCUGACUGAGAAGCUGCGUAACGUCAACCUCAACAAAAUUUUACCCUCGACGUUGUCCUCGCUGGCGGCCAAGGUGAGCGACAAAGGCGUGGCCUGCCGCCAUCUGAAGGAGCAGCUGGACGCCCUGCAGAAGGAAACCACAGACAAGCUGGCACAGAUGCAAUUGCACAACAAAGAACUUCAGGAGCUGAGGGAGAAGCAGGUCAAGCAACAGUCGGUCCUGGAGGACUUGCGGCGCGUCAAGGAGGAGAAAUCGCGCCAGUUGAAGAGAUGCAAGGAGGAGGAAGAGGAGCGGCGGAGGAGAGAGGAAGAGGAGGAGAGAGCCAGGCGGAGGAGAGAGGAGGAGGAGGAGGAGGAGGAGCGGGAGAGACGGAGGAAAGUGGAGGAGGAGCGGCGGAAGAGGGAGGAAGAGGAGGAGCGGGAGAGACGGAGGAAAGAGGAAGAGGAGCAGCAGAGGAGGGUGGAAGAGGAGCAGGAGAGACUGAGGAAAGAGGAGCGGGAGAGACGGCGGAGAGAGGAAGAGGAGGAAGCCAGGCGGGCCAAGCUGGAGCAGGAGAGGAUGGCCAGGGAGGAGGAGGAGGAGCGAAAAAGGAGGGAAGAGGAGGCUCGAAGGGCACAGGAGGAGGCUCGAAGGGCACGGGAGGAGGCUCGAAGGGCGCAGGAGGAGGCGCGAAGGGCGCAGGAGGAGGUGCAGGCGGCCUCCAGGGUGCACCUCUACAAAGCGCUGUACUCGUUUGCAGCACGCAACAAGGACGAGCUGAGCAUCGACGCCGACUGCCUCAUCGAGGUGGACGAGCAGACGGUGGGCGAGCCGGGCUGGCUGUGCGGCAGUUACCGUGGCAACAAGGGCUGGUUCCCUCACAGUUACGCCGAGAAAUGCGCCGAGACCGGCUCAGCGCCGCCCGCUUCCUGUCCGGCGCCGCUUCCUGUCGCCGGAGUGACGGAUGGCGAACGCGUGGACAACGACGCCGCUCCUCUCGUACAGUCAGACGUGUCACAGUUUCCAGCUCCUGGCCCGACUCAGAUCGGGUCACCCUGGUCGGCCACCGCCUCCACCAGCAUCACCACUGCUUCCUCUGAAACAAACGUCAACCUCCCAUUCGAGGGAGAAAUGGCCGCAGACGCCGAGCCGGCAGACGGAGGCGACGGUGCUCAACUUGAAGAAUAUGUGGCGCUGUACACGUACGAGAGCCCGGAGGCGGGCGACCUCACCUUCGAGGAGGGCGACGUGCUGGUGGUGACGGAGCGGGAAGGCGAGUGGUGGCGAGGCUGCAUCGGCGACCAAAUCGGCCUCUUCCCGUCCAACUACGUCAGGCCCGUGGAGCUGGAGGUGUCAAGGCUCGGUGGGCCAACAAAGAAGCCCGAGCUCGCCCAGGCAGUCGCCGCCUCUGCCGCCGUUGCCCCGGCGACGCAUCAGCUUCAUCUGUCUCCCAGGCAACUUGUUGUGGUCCUGGCCAAGAACUCCAGUGGCUGGUGGUUGGGAGAACUGCAGGCCCGUGGCAAGAAGCGUCAGAGAGGCUGGGUUCACUCGUCCCACGUCAAGCUCCUUGGACCCUCCGGCAACAAGUCGUCCCCCUCGCCUCUACCAGUGUGCCAAGUCAUCGCCAUGUACGACUACACGGCGGCCAACCCCGACGAGCUGAGCUUCUCCAAGGGCCGGCUCAUCAACGUCCUGGACAAGACCAACCCGGACUGGUGGAAAGGCGAAGCCGACGGCGUCACGGGGCUGCUCCCCACCAACUACGUCAAGAUGACCACCGAGUCCGACCCCAGUCAGCAAUGGUGCGCGGACCUGAUGACGCUGGACACCAUGAGCCCCCAGGAAAGGAAGAGGCAGGGUUACAUCCACGAGCUCAUCCGCACUGAGGAGACCUACGUGGACGACCUGGAGCUGGUGCUGGAGGUGUUCCACAAGCCCAUGUCGGAGUCGGGUCGCCUAACGGAAGCGGAGAUGGGCGUCAUUUUCAUCAACUGGCGAGAGCUGAUCGUGUGCAACAGCAGACUGCUGCAGGCGCUGCGCCUGCGCAAGCAGACGGGCGGCGACAACAUGCCGGUGCAGCUGAUCGGCGAUCUGCUGGCGUCGGAGCUGACGCGAUUGCGGCCCUACGUCGGCUUCUGCUCUUGCCAGCUCAACGCCGCCGCCCUGCUGCAGAGCAAAACCCAUAACCAGCCCGACUUCAAGGACUUCCUCAAGAAAAUCGCCACCAACUACCGCUGUAAGGGGAUGCCUCUGUCCAGCUUUCUUCUCAAGCCCAUGCAGAGGAUAACCCGCUACCCUCUGCUCAUAAAGAACAUCCUGGAGCACACGCCCAAGCAGCACGCGGACCACGCCCCCCUGCGGGAGGCUCUGGAGCGGGCCGAGGAGCUGUGCUCUCAGGUCAACGAGGGCGUCAGGGAAAAGGAGAACUCGGACCGGCUGGAGUGGAUCCAGAGCCACGUGCAGUGCGACGGCGCCAUCGAGAACUUGGUGUUGGACUCGCUGACCAAUUGCCUCGGACCGCGCAAGCUGCUGCACAGCGGCCGGCUGCACAAGAGCAAGAGCAGCCGCGAAUUGUGGGCCUUCCUCUUCAACGACUUCCUGCUCCUGACGCAGAGCGCCAAGUCCUUGUCCUCCUCCGGGCCCGACAAGCUCUUCGGACCCAAGAGCAGCGGCGUCCAGCUCAAGAUGUACAAAGUGCCGCUCUUCCUCAAUGAGGUUCUGGUCAAAAUGCCACCGGACCCGUCCAGCGACGAGCCGCUCUUCCUCGUCUCGCACAUCGACCGCGUCUACUCGCUCAGGACGGACACCUUGAAUGAAAGGGCGGCGUGGGUGCAGAAAAUCAAAGUGGCGUCUGAACUUUUCAUCGAGACGGAGAAGAAGAAACGGGAGAAGGCCUAUCAAGCUCGCUCUCUGAAGACGAGCGGCAUCGGCAGGCUUCUGGUGACCGUCUCUGAGGCCCAAGAGCUCAAAGCUAGCAAGCCCAACGGCAAGAGCAACCCGUACUGCGAGCUAACCAUGGGCGCCCAGUGCUACACGUCUCGACCCGCCAGCAACACGCUCAACCCCAAGUGGAACUUCAACUGCCAGUUCUUCAUCAAAGACCUCUACCAGGACGUCCUGAGCAUCACCGUCUUUGAGAAGAACCAGUUCUCGCCGGAUGACUUCCUGGGUCGCGCCGAGGUUCCCGUGGCGACCAUCAAGAAGGAAAUGGAGAGCAAAGGCGCCGCCGGUCGUCGCCUGCUGCUCCACGAAGUCCCCACCGGAGAAGUCUGGGUCAAGUUGGACCUGCAGCUCUACGAGCCGCCCCACAAAUGACUUCUGAGCCACUUUGCGCUCUCAAGUGCCUUGCCCCGCAAACGGCAAUCGUAUCUUUUUCAUUUUCCAAACACAACCUUUUGGACCUGACGUUGUGAUGACGAGCUUUUAUUCGUCCUAACAUGUCAGGUUGAUGAUGCAGCUCAGAUGUGGUCAAAGGUGAAAUAAACACAACAUGCUGUCCAGUC